AUGAGUUACGAUAUUUCCCAAUAGUUCAUCGAAUUUCGUAAGCAAAUUAUGAACAAAACCUUGGCCACUCCAGUGACCAACAACAGCAAAAUACAAACUGUAUCAACGCCAUCAAAGAAACAAGAAUUUUCAGUUGACAUCCUCAAAUCAUCGAUCUGCAAAAACGCUAAACGUCUCAAAGUUAAAUCUGCUAUAUCAAAUAUUCCUUUGAGUCCCAAUAAACAAAAAGCAUAAUCUCCAAUCAAGAAAUAGCCUUUCAAAAGUCCGUAAAGAUUGAAUCAGAAUUAACCAAUCAGGAGUCCAAACAAAUAACUAUACAGCAGCACAUCCAAAAGUUAACAGUCUUAACUGAACACUUUUCAAUUGCCACAAUCUUAUAGAUAAUCAGAUUAUGUCGAUCAAUAAAGUCAAAUCAAGUUGUACUCUUCCAAAUACCAGAAAAUUAUGAAUGAAGAACAAGGACUUUAUUAUAGUCAAUUGCAAACUAAAUUAGAUCAACUUUCGUAGAUUAUUGGUAAUCAAGAUGAUCGACAAAGAAACCUACUUGAAAUCGACAACAUGAUUAAUCAAUCCAAACAGAUCAAUGCAAAAUCUAGGGUCUAAAAACAUGUCGAUAGUUUGCAAUUUGAAAGCAAGGCAUUGCAAAGCGAUCUAAACACUAUUAAAAAUAAAAUAUCAAGAUUUUCUGAUUUUACUGAUAAUUGA